GGGGCUUCCUUCCGGACACGUGACCAGGGCGACUCAGUUCCGCCGCCGGCGGAGCCGGGGGUGAAUUGACCAUGGAGCGACGGGACCGGAAGCGGGGCUCGGGGGCCGGAAAUGCCGGAAAUGAGGUGGAGGAACCAGCCCAGCAGCCUCCACUGGGGUCACUGCUAUAUAAGAGGCAAAAGGAAAGUGGAUCGGCAGAGCCCCCUCCAACCAAGACAUCGCCACCUUCCUGAGCGGUUCCCUGGAUGGCAAAUUCGGACAGGACAGGCGUGACAUCGCUUCACUGUGGUCCCGCGCUCGCAACGCCAUGCGUCACCUGGGGAAGCGCAUCGGCUGCCGCUGGGAAUGAUGCGAGGAGUGCCAGGAUCUGGGAGUCCUGGUGCCGCAGAUCAGGUCCGACGACAACACCAUUGUCACCCCGAGUGCCGGGGCAUGAAGGCAGCCAUCCACUCACUGUACAUGGAAACCCUGAAGCGUAAACCGGACCAGGGUAAAGCCUUCGAACUGACCAGCAAGUGGGAUGCCAGCAACCACUUCCUCGCCUGGGGCGGCUUCACCCGUUUUGCCAACUGGCGGUUCAUCCACCGUGCCCGACUCAACUGCGUCCCGGUCAACGGAGCCGUUUGCCACGGGAACCGAGAGAAGCGUUGCAGGAAGUGCGGCUACUCCAACGAGACCCUGCCCCACGUCCUGUGCAGCUGCAGGCCCCACUCCAGAGCCUGGCAGCUGCGCCACAACGCCACCCAGAACCGCCUGGUGAAAGCCAUCGCACCGCGCCUGGGGGAGAUCGCUAUGAACUGCGCCAUCUCCGGGACUGACAGCCAGCAGCGACCUGACGUGGUCGUCACCGACAAGGCCCAGAAAAAGAUCAUCCUUGUCGACGUCAUGGUCUUCUUUGAGAACAGGACCCUGGCCUUCUGCGAAGCCCAAGCUCGUAAGCUGGAAAAAUACACCCCCCCUGGCCGACACCCUGAGAGCAAAGGGCUAUGAGGUGCAGAUGGACUCCCUGAUUAUUGGAGCCCUGGGCACUUGGGACCCCUGCAACGAGCGUGUGCUGUGGACCUGUGGGAUCGGUCGACGCUAUGCACGGCUCAUGUGGCACCUCAUGGUCUCAGACACCAUCUGAUGGUCCAGGGACAUCUACAUCGAACACAUCCCCAGCCACCGACAGCACCAGGAGGUGUGAGCCGGAACGACGUCGUGCAUCAACUACGAGAAAGGGACCGAGAGACUUUUCCAUUGGACCAUAUGAACUGGAACCAUAAACUCACUGGACAUUAAAUCUCACCAAAUGAGGGUCAAUCCAUCCUCAUCAUCGUAUCCAGUCAUUAUACUCCACAC